AUGAGUCGACAACGACGACAACGUAUGACUGAAAACUAUUUAGUCAUAUGGGUUGAUGCGAAUAUCAAUAUGAAAAAUGAAGAUUGUCAAUAUACACUGUCACAAUUACGAGAAAGUCCACUUUAUGAAGUGGAACUUAAACUUACGUCUGAUGAUGACCAGCAACUUCGUCAAUUAACCAGUCAUAUGCAAGAAGAAUCUUCAGGUAGCACUGGAUGGCAUCGAAUGGGUCAAUUACUCCUCAAAAUUGGUCAAUUCAACAAGGCCGAAGAAUUGUACAUGGCACUACUAGAACAGGCAUCCGACGACAGUGCUAGAGCACAUAUCUAUCACCAGCUCGGAUGGGUGGAACACGACCGAGGACAACACAAAGAAGCAGCUUCAUUUUACGAAAUAUCUCUCGAAAUCUAUCGAAAAACUCUUCCGGAAGAUCAUCCUUCAUUAGCUAAUACCUACAACAGCAUUGCUGUAGUGUAUACCGACAUGGGUGACUACUCGAAAGCACUUGAAUUUCACGAAAAAUCACAUCAAAUCUACGAAAUAGCUCUGCCUCCGAAUCAUCUCAAUUUGGCUACUUCCUACCACAACAUCGGUGGAGUGUAUAACAACAUGGGUGACUACUCGAAAGCACUUGAAUUUUACGAAAAAUCACUUAAAAUAAGAGAAAAAGCUCUACCUCCGAAUCAUCCC